AUGACGGAACCACCCAGAAUCAUACAAUGCGUAUAUGACCAUUCGCUCAUUGGGCGUGAUGCUGCGCUGACGAGCGACGGCAGAAACGGUGUUGAGUCAGACCAAAGCAGCAGACCGCAAAAUGGAGACCAUGCAGGAAUCUCUGCUCCGGACGCUGGAAGCCCUGUCCGCAGAGCCGGUCAGCCCGCAGUAACAAAGCCAGAAAGGAGCCAGGCUCGGCUCACAACGAUCUACAACCCAGCCGAGGAAAACGAAGCUGGCGCAGGGAGAGCAGGCGGCGAGGAUUCGAACGUCGCACUACGAAAAAGACAAUGUUCUCCGGGACGGGAGGGCGAUAACCCUAAUGAUCGCCCAAAAAAGGUUGUAGUCCGGGAAAGAGGGAGCAAGAAAGAUGACACCGAUGCUAACAUGCAGGAAGCAUCGGUCGCCAGAACUAUACCAGAGCCCAUUGUACGGGGGUUAGGCAAGCCUUCACUCCACGACAAGACACACGGUGGUGCCAGGCCAGAGACCGGUUCUCUUGGUCCACAGGCGUCCAUAGUUGCUCCGCAGCCGCCCAUAGUUGCUCCGCAGCCGCAUAUACAACCACAAGGGGACACAUUAUCGCUUUGGCCGGCUUAUCUCCAUCUGUUAUGGUACAACCGCAAAUAUGGCACCCAUCCGUUCAUCGCAGAGCAUGAGGGACAACUGGAUCAUGACGACCGCGGCUGGAGAGAGGCUAUUCAGUACAACGAGGAAGAGCUUGUUCGGGAAGCUUUCGAUGAGGCACAGGAGCUUGGGUCGGGAAGCUAUCGGUGA